AUGACUGCUAAGCCACAGGAACCCAAGACUUUUGGCGCCCGCACAAAGGAGAUUUGGGAUCAAACGAAGAAGGGAGUUGUGUACCACCAGAACGAAGUCAAAGAAAGCAAUAAACCAUUCUGGAUCAACGGGCAUGGCAUAGUCAAGCUCCUGGGUUUGAUCUGCCUGAUAGCUAGUAUAAAGAUAUUCGCCACGACCACCGCACACCCCAUUUUGACGCUGAUCCUCUAUAUGGAACUGUUCAUCGCUGUCUUCUUUUUCAUCCUCUACAUCUGUGCCAUUAACAGAUACCUGUCCUUCAUCAUUUGGCCUAUUUCUGACUUCAUCAAUGACCUGUUCUGUUGUUUGUUCCUUGUGGGAGGCAUAUACUUUGCUUUGGAAAGUCGCACCGCCAUGCCAGUAAACUACUUUAUUGCUAUGGUCCUUAUGGGUCUGGCUGCAUUUUUCGCUUUUGUUGACAUGUGUCUUCAGAGAAGAAGCUUCCCAGGCCAAGAGGAGAAACCCCAAAAACCUAAGGCUCCCAAGAAAGCAAAAGAGGCGAAAAAAGGCAAAGCUUAA